AUGAUGAGCGGCGGCGCAGGCUUCCCUCGCACGGAGCGCGGCGCGCGCAGGCCCAAGUGCGCGCGCUGCCGCAACCACGGGCUCAUCAGCUGGCUCAAGGGGCACAAGCGCCAGUGCCGCUUCCGCGCCUGCGUCUGCGCCAAGUGCUCCCUCAUUGCCGAGCGCCAGCGGGUCAUGGCCGCGCAGGUGGCGCUGAAGCGGCAACAGGCGGCCGAGGACGCGAUCGCGCUGGGGCUGGUGGCGGUGACGACUGGCGCCGAGUACGGGUUCUUGCCGCAGGGGCCCAUCUUCGGCAUGAGCACCACGGCUCCCCAGAGCGAGCCCUCCGCAGGUACCGGUGCGCAGCGGCCUCUGGCGGCCGGCUCGCUGGACCUGCUGGCCAAACUGUUCCCUCACAAGAAGCGCUCCGUGCUGGAGCUCGUGCUGCGCCGCUGCGGCGACGACCUCGUCAAGGCCAUAGAGCAGUGCGUGCCCUGCGACCCAGCCGCCGCAGCUGCUGCCGCUGCCAGGUACUACCAGUCUCUUAUUUUAUGA